GGAUGGAUGCAACGUAGCAGGGUAUUUUGCAUGGUCAUUGAUGGACAAUUACGAGUUUGGAAAUGGUUACACUCUCCGAUUUGGUAUGAAUUGGGUUAAUUUCACCAAUCCUGCUGACCGAAGAGAAAAAGAUUCAGGCAAAUGGUAUUCUCG